UGUUUUGCAAAACCAGCAUUUUUUCGUAGAAAAUUGCGAUUUAUUCCAUCAUUAUUGAAAUUGAGAAGUUGUCAUCAUGCCUAUAGAUAGCAGACGUAUUUUUGGUCCGGAGGAAACUCUUGAUCCGAUGACAUUUGUUACACCAGAAGAAAAAAAACUGAAAAAAGAAUCUGAGGGAAACCUUUUAGUGGAUGAUUUGCGCAAUGAUCGCCGAAAAGUGGACCAAAUCAGACCACUGUUUUUGCAAUCUGGAACAAUCACACAGGCAAAAGGAUCGGCUUACAUUGAAAUCAACAACACAAAAGUUAUAUGUGCAGUGUAUGGGCCACGGGAAGCCGUAAGACGAGAAGACUUCAGCAUGAAGGGACAGCUCAAUUGUGAAUUCAAGUUUGCGACGUUUUCCUGUCCGCAACGCCGGCCGCAUCAGGCGGACAUGAUGGAUAAAGACUAUUCAGUUCUGUUAAUGGAUGCGUUAGAGCCGGCCGUCUGCUUGGACAAAUAUCCCAAAUCUGUUGUCGAUGUGUUCGUUACAGUCUUGGAGAAUGACGGAAGUGCCCUAGCUGCUGCCAUAACUUGUGCUGCGGUCGCCCUCGCAGACGCCGAGAUUGAAAUGUACGAUGUUGUAAUAGGAUGCUGUCUACGCUCGAUUGAUAAUCACCUCCUCCUGGACCCGACAUAUGAAGAAGAAUAUAAACCACACGUGCAACAGGCUAGGGCUGAUAACAGCAUGAUGACGGUGGCCUACAUGCCGUCAAUCAACCAGGUCUCUUCCAUAGAGAUGAAGGGAGUAGCAGAAAUAGUCAACCUACAGGAGGGGUUGAAGCUUGUCAUUAGGACCUGCCAGCGCAUCUACCCUGUCAUACAGAAAUGUCUUCUCGACGCUGUGAAAGAAAAGUUGAAGGAAUCUUCCUAGCACAAUCUUGAAUUUUUUUCUAAGAAUGGACUUUUAGACAAUAUUGACUAUUCAGGUGGAACUGUGAGUAAUCCGUUGGAUUCAUGAAAUGAGAUCUGUAGCUAUUUCAAUAUUGUACAUGCGAUUUGCCACUGCCUUCCCCAGAGACUCUGGAGAUUAUAUUUGUAAAUAAA